AUGGCUCGAUCGCAAAAGAAAUGGAUACUUAUUCCCACUGAACUGAUUGGUUCAUUACCUCGUGCUGCUGAAUUAGUCGAAUAUCAACGAGCUCAUAAAGAUGGAGUAUUAUCAACGAAUCGUUUGGCUUUUCUGCAAGAAAAAGAUAUUCGAGAUGUUUUGCGUGAUCUUGCACGAACUGGUUCAUUACAAUUAACCGAUGGUGAACUAACGAAACCUUCAUUUAUUAAUUAUCCUAUCUAUGACUUAGCACAAUAUAAUUAUUCAUUUGAUGAUAAAAACAUAACAACAAUCACUUAUGCUGAUGGACAUCAACGUUCUCUUCCACAAUUGAUUAAACCACCAUUUCGUUAUGCUACUUUUGCUGUUAAAUAUCUUCAAGUAGCACAAAAGUUUACUUUACGUCCAUUGAAACAAGCAGUAAUAGCUCCAUCUGUUCUUUCACUUGUUUAUACUGAAGAAACAAUUAAAAAUUAUUCGAGAGAACAAUUUCUUAAUGAUUUAAUAAAUGAAGCAGAAAAAGAUGUUCGACAAUGUUUAGAAGCAGGUGCAGAUAAAGUUCAACUUGAUUUUGCUAAAGCUAGAUUAUCAUUAAAAAUGGAUCCAAGUGGAAAUUUACUUAAAGAAUUUAUUGAUAUUAAUAAUCGAAUGUUAGAUCGUUUUAAUCAAGAAGAAAGAAAAAGAUUAGGUGUUCAUGUUUGUUCAGGUAAUGAUAGAGGUAGUACUCAUUCUGCUGAUGUUGAUUACUCACGAGUAUUAAAAGAAGUUUUUCAACUUAAAUUAAAUAAUUUUUAUUUACAAAUGACAACUGAACCAGAUCCUGAAAGUAUUCUUUCUCUUAUUGGUAUACUUAUCAAACCUCAUCAUCGUGUCUUCAUUGGUGUUAUCAAUCCAAGAGAUUUAUGUGUAGAAACACCUGAAAUAGUUCGAGAGCGAGUUCUCAAAGCGGCUAAAUACAUUCCUAUGGAGCAAUUAGGUACAACAGAUGAUUGUGGUUUUUCUCCAUAUAAUGAUAAUGAAUCAAUUACAAGAGAAAAAUGUUAUGAAAAGAUUCGAGCUAGAGUUGAAGGAACAAAACUAGCUGAAGAAAUACUUAAUUUGUCAAGACAAAAGAUUCGUUGA